GUGGGAGUGAACGCGCGCCUUCACGCUGCUGCUGCUGCACUUUGCCGGAUCUCUCGCUUUCCUCAGCAGAUGUGUUUUCGCUUGUUGCUCGUCUGAGCGCUUUGAGGCUCCGCGCUCUGCUUUCAAACUUCUAUUUUAGUCGCAUGGCUUGUUAGUGCUUUAUAAGACUAGUCGGAUCCUCAUGCGAGCCGCACUGACGCAGCCUGUUAUUAUCCGCUGGGGGAAAUCCGAUCUCUGCCUGCCCCGGGAGGGAAAAGUCUGCUCGGUGGUGAGAAAUAUUCAGUCAAUGGUUAACUGAGUCACAGUGUCUACAAGCGACGCGUAAAACUCGCUGGUGUAAUGUGAUCUGAGACGCAGGAGGAGGCAACAGCUUGUUCGGCUUCAGUGGAGCUCCGAGCGCUGGAAUAAGGACUCGGAGAUGCGAGUGAGACCUCAGAAAACGAAUGCGAGGAUUUGAUGGAUGUCUGGAUGUAAGAACACGGAGUGACUCGCAGACUGCAGCAACUUUUCUGUUUAGGAAAUCGUGGAGGAUAUUUUUAUUUAUAUCUAAAGGGAUCAUUCGUCUCCGCCACUCGGAUGAGGCGUGCUGCUUCUGCAGGACGCGUCCGUUAGGAAUCAGAUCUGAGACGCGUGGAUUCUUCACGCACGCGGAGCUCCAUGUCUGCGCAACGACGCGACAAUCCGGCGUGAGAGAAGUUCGGCUUGGGAAGUGCGCGAGCGCGUGGAACAAUAAAGGGGGAGCCGCGACCGCAGGAUCACGCAGCCGGUCAUGGGAUCGGAGGGCGAACGGGGACACGCGGGCGUCGCGCCGCUAUGCAGGUCUGCUCGAGGUGGUACGAAGAUGCCCGAGAACAUGUCAGAUACUGUGAGAAGUUACAGGAGAAGGAGAAAGUUGGCGUCGUGUACGAGGAGUUACUGGGCGCUCCUGUGCUUUCAGAUCCACGUGUUGAAAGCCGUCGCGCAAGGUGAUGUGGCCCCAUACUUCAAAACUGAACCAGGGCCUCCGGAAAUCCAUCUGGAGGGGAACCGGCUGGUCAUGACCUGUCUGGCGGAGGGCAGCUGGCCUUUGGAGUUUAAAUGGAUCCUUAACAACACAGAUAUCACUACAUUCUCCCCAGAGUACAAGUAUAUUAUAUCCUCUCUGCAGCGCUCAGACAUGGGUGUAUACCAGUGCGUGGUGAGAAACCGAAUGGGUGCUCUGCUACAGAGAAGAGCCGAGAUACAAGUGGCAUACAUGGGAGACUUUGUGGAGGCUGACCAGCGCAAGACAGUGACCCAGGGCCGGGCAGCUAUCUUAAACUCGCCGGAUGUCAACUCUUUCCCCCGGCCUCAGGUCACGUGGUUCAGGGACGGCUACAAGAUCAUUCCCAGCAGCAGAGUGGCAAUAACUAUGGAGAACCAGCUCGUAGUGCUGGCCACAGCUGCAGCAGACGCCGGGAGGUACUACGUCCAGGCCGUCAACGAGAAGAAUGGCGAGAACAAGACGAGUCCAUCCAUUUACCUGAAUGUGGCAGAUUGGGAGGCGCCUGCUGACCCGGUAGCCCCAGUAAUAGUGAUUCCCCCAAGGAAUACAACGGUAGUGGCAGGGGUGAGCGAGGUUACGCUGGAGUGUGUCGCUAAUGCACGGCCUGUGGACAAGCUAAGUUUGGCGUGGAGGAGAAAUGAUGUGGAGGUGGCCAGUGGUGUGGGUUCUUUUGGUCGCCGCCUGACCAUCAUUAACCCCACCACUGCAGACGUAGGACUGUACGUGUGUGAGGCCUCGCUGCUUGACAGCAGUGUCAAGCCAGUGGAGGCCAGAGCUUUUCUCUCUAUUAUAGAGAUUCCCUUCUUCACAGCUGAGCCCAGGAGGAAGAUGAUGGGAGAAGUGGAGAAAAUUGUGGACAUCCCAUGCCAGGCUCGAGGUAUGCCCAUGCCUAAGCUGGAGUGGUACAAGGAUGCAGUGCCUCUCAGCAUGCUGAACAAUCCACGCUAUAAAGUCAUCUCCAGCAUGGGACUGCAAAUCAGGAGACUUCAGCCAAACGAUGCCGGCAUCUUCCAGUGCUUUGCCAGGAAUGCUGCUGGGGAGAUGCAGGUCCACACCUAUCUAGAUGUGACAAGUAUGGCUCCAAUAUUCAGCGCUCCACCAGUUAACAUCAAUGUUACAGACGGCACUGUGGCCUCCUUCACUUGUCAGGUCUCUGGAGCACCGAAACCAGCUAUCACCUGGAAGAAAGAUGCACAGAUUCUAGCCAGUGGCUCUGUACAAAUUCCACGCUUUACACUACUGGAGUCUGGGGGACUGCAGGUACAGCCGGUGACGCUGCAGGACGCAGGGACAUACACCUGCUAUGCUGCUAACAGUGAGGGGGCGAUCAAUGCCAGUGCUGAGCUUACUGUGUGGAGUCUCACUUACAUUUCCCAGCCUCCAGUGGACCGACGUGUCAUCAAGGGGACAACAGCCAUUUUGGAGUGUGGCGCUGUACAUGAUGGACGUGUGCUUGUCAGGUUUGUGUGGACGAAGGGUGGCGAGGUGGUCAGCCAGUCCAGAGGAGGAAGGAUUAGCGUGCAACAAGGCUCCCUGCACAUCUCUCAGACGUGGUCAGGGGAUAUAGGCGAUUACACUUGCGAUGUGAUUUCGCUCGCAGGCAAUGACUCCAAAUCCGCACGCCUGGAAGUGAUCGAGUUGCCUCACUCACCACGGAACCUGCAGGCCAGCUUGAACGACACUGACAGCCGCAGAGUGCACCUCUCCUGGAUGAGGCCCUUUGAUGGAAAUAGCCCCCUGUUGCAUUACAUCGUGGAGCUCUCAGAGAACAAUUCUCCAUGGAGGGUUUACUUACCAAAUGUUAAUCCGAUGCUGACGAUAGCCGAGGUGACCGGUCUAACUCCAGCACGAUCCUACCAGUUCCGAGUGUGUGCUGUCAAUCAAGUCGGAAAAGGACAGUACAGCAGUGAGACAAAUCGAUUGAUGCUUCGGGAAGAGCCACCCAGCGCUCCACCCAAAAACAUAGUAGCCAGCGGACGCACAAAUCAGUCCAUUAUGGUGCAGUGGCAGCCCCCUCCGGAACCGCAGCUCAAUGGUGUUCUCAGAGGUUACGUCCUCAGGUAUCGGCUGGCGGGGCUCCCUGGCGAGUACCAACAGCAAAACAUCACUAGUCCUGAUAUCAACUACUGCCUCAUCACCGAGCUCAUCAUCUGGACACAGUAUGAGAUCCAGGUGGCGGCGUACACAGGAGCUGGCCUCGGUGUCUUCAGCCAGCCUGUCGCUGAGUACACGCUCCAGGGAGUUCCCACAGCACCCCCUCAGGAUGUUGAGGUUAUUGCUGUCAACUCAACCACCAUAAAAUUUACUUGGAAUCCGCCACCUCAGCAGUUCAUAAAUGGCAUUAAUCAAGGUUACAAGCUAAUGGCUUGGCCUGAACACUCACCUGAAGCCACCACAAUGGUGACCAUCACCCCUGAUUACCAUGGUACACGUCAUCAGGGCUACAUCAAUAGCCUGAAGAAGUUUACCUGGUACCUGACCUCAGUGCUGUGCUUCACCACGCCAGGAAACGGCCCUCGCAGCACUCCGAAUCUCAUCCAGACGCACGAGGACAUUCCAGGCCCUGUAGGGCGUCUGAGCUUUACUGAAAUCCUCGACACAUCUCUGCGAGUUAGCUGGGAGGAGCCUGUGGAGAAAAACGGCAUCAUCACAGGUUAUUUUUUGUCCUGGGAGGCUCAGGGCAAAAAGGAGUCACGUGUAGAACGCACUAUGUCCAACAACACCCUGGAGUACAAGGUGACCGGCCUCACCUCUCUCACCACCUACACCUUAGAGGUGGCAGCGAUGACCGGUGCAGGCAUGGGCACACUCUCUUCUUCCACCAUUUCCUCUGGUGUGCCCCCAGAACUUCCUGGACCUCCUUCAAACCUCCAAAUAUCCAAAAUCAGCCCACGUUCUGCCACUUUGAAAUUCCGGGCAGGGGAUGAUGGGAAAACGUCUAUCUCUAAAUGGAUUGUGGAGGGACAGGUGGGCAGCACAGGAGAAGAAGAAGAAUGGAAAGUGCUGUAUGAGAAGGAGAAUGAUCCAGAUGCUCAGGUCCUGGAAGUGCCUAACUUGAACCCAUUCACACACUACAGGUUCCGUGUGCGCCAGGUGAACAUUGUGGGCUCCAGUGAAGCUAGUGAGCCAUCUCGGGUGAUCCAGACUCUUCAGGCUCCUCCUGACGUUGCUCCCAGCAGUGUGAGCGUUCGUACAGCCAGUGAAACCAGCGUGUGGUUGCGCUGGGUGCCUUUGCCAGAGACGGAGUACAACGGGAACCCGGAGACCGUGGGCUACAGGGUGCGGGUGUGGCGUGCUGAUCAGCAAGGUGAUGUCAGUACUAGGGUGGUGAAUGACAGACUAGAAAGAGAGAUUACUUUGGAGGGCUUGGAAGAGUGGACCGAGUACAUGUUCCAGAUACAGGCUUUCAACUCCAUUGGCCCCAGCCCCUGGAGUGAGCCCGUGAAGGGGCGCACACGCGAGUCAGUGCCGUCCGGAGCUCCAGAGAACGUGACGGCCGAGGCCGUGAGCUCAACACGCAUUCUGGUGACGUGGGGACCUGUUCCAGAGCCACAGCAGAACGGCAAAAUCCUCGGAUAUAAGGUGCUGUACCGGGAAAAAGACUCGGGUACAGAGUCACAGGUGCAGCUGGUGAAAGGAAACCUCACUCAGUCUGUGCUUCUUCGGAACUUGCGCAAGUACGUGCAGUACGAGAUCCAGGUCUUGGCCUUCACACGCAUCGGAGAUGGCCAGCUCAGUAGCCCAUCUGUCCUGGAAAGGACGAAAGAUGAUGUUCCAGGGCCGCCCAUGAGACUGGUGUUCCCAGAGGUACGUUUGAAGGAGGUCAGGGUGGUCUGGCAGCCUCCGGUAGACCCGAAUGGCAUCAUUAUGGGGUAUCAGGUAGCAUAUCGUCUGGAUUCUGGAGAUCCGAAUAAGUUCACCACGGUAGAGGUGGGCACUAACACCACACAGUUCACGGCCAGCGGCUUGCUCUCCGAGUCUGCUUAUAUCUUCCGCAUUUCUGCAAAAACCCAGCAGGGCUGGGGUACAGCCGCACAGGCUGUGGUCAUCACUACAGAGAUCAGAGAGAGGCCUCAGCCUCCACUCCAGCUCAGUGUGCCCCAGGACCAGGUUCAGUCACGGCAGCUCAGGUUGGACUGGGUCCCGGGUGGUGAUGGAUCAUCACCAGUUCGUUAUUUCACGUUGCAAUUAUGCCAACUGCCCAAUAAAGACUGGAUCGCACACUCAUCCUCAAUUAGCCACAACAGCACGUCCUAUGUGGUUGACCGGCUGAAGCCCUACACUUCAUACAAGCUGAGAAUGAUGGCAACUAAUGACAUCGGUGACAGCAAGUAUAGCCGCGAGACCGAUGCAAUUACGACUUUACAAGAUGUUCCUGAUGAGGCUCCUGUUAUUCAGUCAGUGAAGCCAUCCACAACUACAUCAGUUCUGGUGCAGUGGCAGCCACCAAAGGAGGAGACCGUAAACGGAGUGCUAGUGGGCUAUCGGCUUUAUUACCGUGAACUCCAGUAUGAUAGCACACCACAGGAGGCCAAGAAGAGUGGCAACAGCACUUCAGCACGCGCAGACCUGACAGCCAAAAGUACUGUGAAGACUGUGAGUUAUCCUGCACUGACGGAGUUCGAGCUCACUCAGCUGCAGAAAUACCAGCGCUACGAAAUCGUCAUGACUGCCUACAACGUCAUCGGCGAAAGUCCUGCUAGCGCUCCAGUGGAGGUUUUUGUAGGAGAAGCAGCUCCCUCCGUGGCCCCUCAGAAUAUUCAGGUCAACACAGUGUCAUCCACCCAGCUGGAAGUGCAGUGGGAGCCGCCCCCUCUCGAGACACAGAAUGGCAUCAUCCAGGGCUAUAAGAUUCACUACUGGGAGAUGGACAACCAGAACGAGACGGAAAAAGUGAAGAUCCUCUUUCUGCCCGAGACGAAUGUGCGCCUGAAAAACCUGACCAGUUACACAUACUACAUGGUCAAACUGUCUGCAUUUAACGCAGCAGGAGACGGUCCACUCAGUGAACCCAGGAGGGGUCGCACUCUUCAGUCAGCUCCCAGUGCUCCUAGCUUUAUUGCUUUCUCUGAAAUCACCAGCACUACUCUGAACGUGUCAUGGGGAUUUCCUUUGUCACCGAAUGGAGUUGUUGACGGCUACAGAGUGGUGUACGAGCCCACUGCCCCUAUUCACGGUAUAAGUAAAGUGGUGACGGUGGACAUUCGAGGCAGCUGGCAACGCUGGUUAAAAGUGCGAGACCUGACUAAAGGGGUGACCUACAGCUUUCGUGUACAGGCCAAAACCAUCAGCUAUGGUCCCGAGGCCGAGGCCAACAUCACAGCAGGACCUGUGCAAGGAUCUCCAGGAUCCCCCGUCAGAGCAUCAGUCACUAAGUCUGGCUCUGGCCUGACUAUCCAUUGGAUACCAGGAGACUCAGGAUCUGGCCGAGUUACAGGCUAUGUGAUCGAGGCACGCCCUUCAGAUGAAGGAUUGUGGGACACCUUUGUUAGGCACCUGCCCCCCUCCAGCACCUCUCACACUGUGAGUCUGGAGCGUCUGCGUCAUGGAGUCAGCUACCAGUUCAGAGUGCUGGCCGUCAACGAGUACGGCUAUGGCGAGCCAAGUGCGCCCUCUGCUGCCAUGUCAGCUCAGAUGGACAUCCCUUUCUAUGAGGAGUGGUGGUUCCUUAUAAUCCUCGCUCUGAUUGGUCUGAUUCUCCUGCUGAUGAUUGUCUUUGGGCUCGUCUUGCAUGGACAGAACAAGAAGUACAAGAGCUGUGGAACAGGUAAAGCUGUGUCCACGGUGGAGGAGAGGGUCACAUUGGACAAUGGAGGCUUCACAGCUUUGGAGCUGAACAGCAGACCUAUCCAUGUCAAGAGCUCCUUCCUGAGGAAGAACGGCACUAGAUCCCCACCUCGGCCCAACCCUGCAGGUCUGCACUACUCAGACGAAGAUAUCUGCAACAACUACAACGGUGCUGUGUCCACAGACUCCACCGCUCUUACAGAAAGAGCUGCAGAUCUGUCUGAGUCAGAGGCCACAGACAGCGAGUGUGAGGAGGAACCUAUCAAGCAUUCGUUCGUGAACCACUACAUGAGCGAUCCGUCUUACUUCAACUCGUGGAAGCGGCAGCAGAAAGGCCUGAAGGAGACGUUGGCCUGCGCUUAUGAGGAGUGUGCCAGCGGAGAAGGAGAGGGAUACUAUCAGACUGUCGUGACCCAGCACAGCGUGGGAGGAGUGUACACGCCCGCUGGGCAGCCUGCACCAGGCUCACGUACUCCUCUCACAGGCUUCUCAUCUUUUGUGUGAUGCUCCCCGAGGAGCAGGACCCCUCUGCAGAUCUCUCGUUCUGGUAACUGAGGGAUUUGGGAAAAAGGCACAACACAUGGGAUGACAUUUGAGCUGUACUGUUACAGCAGGUGCACUAAAAGAGACUAUUUGAAUGUCCUUUUUUGAAGGAUUAAUGAGGAGAACUCAUGGAUAUUCACUGGAACCACAGGCUGAGAGAAGAACAAAGCAGAAUAUAUUAGUGUACAUGUUCCUUAUAGGCCCAGACUUAAUUGAAGGAGAAAAGUAAAUACUUGUUUUACUAGCUGAGGAUAAUGCGGGAUGUUGCAGGGAACUGAUUAUUUACAGACUUCAUAACCGACACUACAUUCCUACAGCAACUCUUUACGGUGGCACACAGUCUACUCACAGUCUACACAAGCAUUCCUUGCCGCUAUUCCCUUUACGGAGGAUUUUACCUAGGGCAAACACGCUGUAAUUACUAUAUACUAUAAACUGUAUAUACUGUCAAGUCUGAAUAAUCUCACUCGCCAUCAGUGUCUCUGUAUAUACACGUGUUCUACUUGUGAUCGAAAGAGAUCCUGGAACUGUGAAGAGGUGUGAUGAGGAAGCACAGUGCAGUGGGAAUCGUGACCACAACCAUGACCGCAGCUCCAGAGUUUUCCUACACUGUCUGUUCAAACCAGAGUCCGACAAACCAGCCUCGACAUCAGCCACGCAGUGAACGUUUGUGUUCUUUGUGUCAUCUUCGCUCGUAAUGUCGCGAUUAAAAAUUCAGUUUGUCAAUAUCACUCCAGUCACUUAAAAUACCUGUUUGUUUGUUGUUGUUUUUUUAACUGUAGUCCAAAACCAAACCAUUUAUGAAUUUCAUUGAUAAAACAGGAUUGUUUUCAACUUAUGGAGGCGAUUCUCAAUACACAAGCUGUGUUUCAAAUGGUGUACUUUUGACUAAGGGCAGUAUACUGUAGGAUUCAUGAUACUGUAUGAUUUGCGAUGGUAUAAACCAACUAAACCCCCUGUCUUUUAUAGAGUUAAACAAAUAACUUCGGUAUAAUAUUUGUUUCUGCCAUAUACAUCAGAUUAUUUGCUGUCGUCUGAAUGCGAAUUAUUUGAGAUCAUACUGGAACCAAGCACAACAAUGGUUAUAGGAAUAAUGCAUUAAACAUUCUUAAAUUAAAUGUUUAUUAGAGCUAAUGUUUUCAGCACCUCCACUGGCACAUCUCUAAUACAUCAUCAGCAGUGAUUUAGAAGGUGAGUGAAGUGAAUUAUUUACCUUUAAUACCUUUUCAAGGAGAAACUACAAAUAGAUAGACUAAGCACACAUUUUCUGGUUAAAGUACAAAUGACACAAAAGGACAGAUGACUGAAUUAUAAGUUUUUUUGUUGGUGUUUUAUUUUCUUCUUCUUUUUUGAACUAACGGGAUUACAACCUUUCUGUUCACUUUGCUUCGACAUAUUGUGUGUAAUAGUUUUCCCAGCAUCAUUCUUAUUACAGCUAGACGACCUUGUGAUAUAAUGAAUAGCUCAACUCUAAUAAGCCUUUAUUGUCUAACUUCUGAGAUUAAAAGGCUUAUAAAACGUCUGGCAGAUUUUCAGAUGAACCAAAGACAAAACAUGUCGGAUGUUUUUCCAGAAAAUUUAAUUACAGUGACCUAGAUGAUCAAGUAUGCACACUUCCAAACUUUGUUAAAGCACAUUUUGGUUUAUUACAUCACUGGAUAUCUUUGGAUAGUCUACUUGCUAAAACAUUCUACAUCCAUCAAACUGUAACGGUGUGUCUCAUGUGCACGGCCUUCUUCAGGUCACUAGACUUUAGACCUGGGAUUUGUCCCAGUCAUUUACAAACUUGGUUCUUAUUUAAUUUACUGAUUUGUUCAUUUAGAUAUAUAUAUGCCUUGGGUUAUUUGCCAUGCUGAAAAUUUUAAUUUCUUUUCGUCUUUGUGUAAUUAGCAGACGACUAAGGUUGUGCAGUCAAAUCAGCUGUUUUUUGUAGCUCUUUAUAAUUCCCUCUACAAGCCCUCUGUGCUUUUUGCACCAAACAUUUGGAAAUAUGAAAAAAUUGAUAAUUAGUCUCUGAUAAGAAAACAUUUUAUCCAAUGGGUUUUUUGUGUAAAAUUGAGUCCAAACCAACCCCCUGGCCCAGACAUGAAGAAUAUGAGAGACUGAUGUCACAUGAAGAGAGUAAUCAGUGUCCCUUUACACAUUUGGAUGUCUUGUUCUUGGUGAUACCACUGUUGAGCUUUAUUCUUUCUAUCUGUUGAUGAAGGCCUUCAAAGAAUUCCAUUGUACUUUACAUUGAAUAUUUGGAAAUUUCCUGAUCGAUCGCUUUCAAAAUGCGAGACACUGCAGACCAUGGCUUCAGUAUUCAGAGGAAAAAAAGAUGAUCUGCCGAAAAUCCUACAUAUAAUGCAUAAUAAGUUCUCUAGAAUAUAGGGUUGAAUAUGAUUGGUUCAUUCGAAACACAGCCACACGAGCAGGUUAUUUGUAAUAUAUCUAUUGAUUAUCACUACCAGCCGUCACUGAUGCUUCUAUAGUACUGAACUUCUCGUACUACUUGAGUAUAGUGUUGUAGGAUUAUAGUAUGCCAUUUGAAACACAUGCAUUUUUUUUACGUUUUCUCUGUACAGGACUGGAGUGAAUCACAGCUUCAUCAGUUUUUUCCACAUUAUUUGUGUUCUUUCCAGUGUUCUAGAUGAGAGACAUUGUGAGUUUUGGGAACAGAAAAGCCCAGGCUCAGAUUUUUUGUAACUGUAUAGCACAAAUGAAAAAUUUUCAAUAGCUGGUUUAAGAAAGUUAUCACAUAUCCGUAACCGUUUGCAUGGGAACACGUGGAGUGUGAACUUGUAUUUCCAGACACGCAUAAGCCAUAAAGACAUAGCUUUUCUUUCUGCUUUCGGUUUCUUUCUACUCAUAUUCACUUUUUAAGUUUGAAAUAUUUUUCUUUUUUGUGCCAGAGAUGUAUAAAGGUGAUUAUUUUUGUUCUUUUUUUUGUUUAGUUUCUUCUCACUGUAAUGCUGUUGUAGAGUAAUGCGCCACCAUUUGUAAUUUUGUUACUACUGUGUGUAUGGGGUUUUUUGCAGUUUUCGAAGUGGUGGACAAAGUGUUCAUGUUUAUACCUGCCAUUUCACCCCAGCACGAGUGUAUGUCAUCAACAUCUGUAAAAGUAAAGGCAGUUUCCCACUUUUUCAGUGAAAGUAAAUGUUUGCUAUUAAC